AUGUUAAAAAAGAAGAAACAAACCAAGAAACCACCUACACCACCACAUAAAUCAACACCACCACAAUCACCUAUCCAAUCACCACCACGACAACCUACUCCACCACAACAAUUCUCACCACCUAAACAACCAACACCUCCAAGACAACCAUCACCUAUUCAUCAAACACCACAACCACAACAACCUUUUGUUACCUCACAAGAACUAUUUCAAACACCUCCACUCACCCAAAUGCAACCUGGUUUAUCUAGCAGAGGUCUUUAUACUCCACAGGAUAAUCUUUUAGAUGUUGGAGAUUUUGAUUUUGCCAACACUUCACAAGUCAGAAAUGUUGAAAAGAAAGUUGAAGAAGUUGUUGCUGAGAACAAGAGGCUGGCAGCUGAUAAUAAGAAAGUGUCUGAUAGAGAAAGACUUCUUGAGAUGCGUGUGAAGAAGUUAGAGAAUGAAAAUCAAGAGUUGGUGAAAAAGAUUGAUGCUGAUCAAUCAGAAAUUGAUAUCUUGAAAGUUAAAGUUGCUGAACUUGAAGAAGAAAAGGCUAGACGUGAUGAACAGAAUGAAUACUUUAAGUUGAAGAACAAAGAAUUUGAAGCAGCCAAAGCAUUAAGAGAUCACGAGUUCUAUAUGCUGAACAAAGUUGUUGAAAGCAUGCUUGGAACAUCGUUAGAACAAAAGUUUGAAGAACUGCAGGUUGAAGAGCUCAGAGCUGAACGUCAAGCCAAAAUAGACGAGCAAAUGAAAGACAAAGGCAAAAGAGUUGAAGGAAGUUCAGCUGUGACUGAAAGAUCGAUUGUUCCUUCAAUGGUUGUUGAUAACCCUGAGCCUAUCACUGCAAUAUCUGGAUUGUUUGAGGAUGAAACACAUCUUGAAGAGUUGAUGGAUGAUGCCCAGGGAGGUACAGGUUUGAAAGUUACAGAAGCUUCCAAUGAGAAAACAGUUGAUGAUCUGAUGAAUGAUUCGGUAAAUGAAGAAUCAGGGGAAGCAAGUGGAAAGAGGGAGUCCAGUAAAACUCAGAUAGUUGAACAUACUGAAAAGUUAAUCUUGGGAGUAGAUGUUUACAGAGAAAUGAUGCAUACUGUGGAUCCUGAGUUCAAGUUCGACUUUGAAGAAGAGUUGGAGUCUUUUGAUAUCAAUCAACAGCCUGAAUACACGUAUAAGUAUGUUGAAGAGGCUGAUAAGUACGACAGAGUUGAAAUUGAAGACUGGACGGAUGAUGAAGAUGUGGUUGAAGAUACUUCUAAGUAUCCUACACUUAUGGAGUUCUUUGCUGAGAAAAUAGAGAAGAAUUGA